CGUUCCCGUAGCUGCCUGCUGCUGCCCGUGAGUGGGGUCGAGGCACCACGCGGACCAUGCUACCGCGGCUGUCGCUGCAGUUGUUACUCCGGACUCUCCGGCCCAUUCACUCGGUGCCAACUGCUUUCCCUAGUCUUCAGAUCUCCCUCUGCGGGAGGGCGCCCCUUGCUGUGGGGCAGAGAUCGGGCGGCUCCAGGACCGCCAUGGAGGCGCUUGACCGCCCGUCUCCCGAGGCAGAAUCCCAGAAGCCGGGAGCGGAGGCGGAAAGUGGAGGACAAGGACCACCUCUCCCUGCAACCAGCCAGUUAGUGCAACAGACCGAUGGAGGGGAAACGGUGGAGCAGAAGAAAAAGCAAAGAAAAAAGCAAAGAAAGGAAUCACAGUGUCUUGACAAUUCCAUCAGUUGUUUGAUGUUGGAAAUGCCAUUUGCCAAAGCAGAUGUUGAGGCUGAAUUUAGCACCACACAUACAUCUAAAACAUACGUUACAAAGAAAAGAAAGAGAACUACAGGAAAGGAAAGUGAAAAUGACAAUCAAAUGAAGAAGAAAAAGAAAGAUCAAGAUCAUCCUAAUUAUUUUGUCUCUGUUCCAAUUACAAAUCUAAAGAUUAUGGAUGGUAUUCAAGCUCUCCAGGAAGCAAUAAUACAAAAGGAUAACAGGCUUUCCAAAGCAAUGGUUCGGUAUGGCUCUUUGCACAUUACCCUCUUGGUGAUGCAUUUGUCCAGUGAAGCAGCGAUUGAGAAUGCAGUUGGUGCUUUCUUGGAGAGCAAAGGUUUAAUUGAAGAACUACUACAGGGAAAGCAGUUGAAUUUAUCCUUUCAAGGAACAGAUCACUUUAGAAACCAAGUUGGAUUUGUGAGUUUGACGGAAAAUGCUCACACAGUCACACUUCUACAGAUAGCAGAGAUUAUGAAGAAGAUAUUUCAAGAAAAGGGCAUCUUCACAGGAGAUGACAGAGCUUUUAAGCCUCACUUGACGUUCAUGAAGUUGUCAAAAUCUCCCAAACUACGAAAACAGGGGGUGAAAAAAAUUGAUGCAACUUUGUUUGAGAAUUUCAAGAACCAUUAUUUUGGAACUGAACCCAUGAAACGUCUAGAUCUGUGCUCAAUGUUGAAAAAAAAGCAACCUGAUGGCUACUAUUACUGUGAGUCUUCUAUCACAAUAGAGAUAUAUACUGAGCAGAGCUGUAAGUGUAUUGGUCCGGCCCUUAACAACUGUCAAAGUUUCUCAUGUGGCCUCAUAGGAAAAUUAAUUGCCCACCCCUGCUCUAGAAGACAGAGUGCACAUUCAGUGUGAUCCAGCCAGAGGACUCUCUUAUAUUCAUCUGAAAUGUUUGUUUGAUAUUGAUUGUAUUAUAUUGAUCAAUAUUGUAUUUAAUAUUUAUUUUAUUAUAUUGAUAAAUAUAAGUAUUGACAUCAAUUUCAAUAAUAAAUAUCAGUAGCUUGUGAAGAGCCCAAGAUGACUUGCAUAAUCCUUGUCCUCCAUUUUAUCCUCCCAUCCACCCUAUGAAGUAGGGUUGGUUGAGAGUCAGUGGCUGCCCCAAAGUCACCCAGUGAGUUUCAGGGCCAAGCUGGGAGUAGUGCUUGGAUUGUCUGAGUCCCUGGUCCACACUGGCUCCUCUGGUGGCUUAGCUUUGUAGCAGAGGAAUUUUUAAAGAGCUUAGGAAACCACUUGCUGUUGUACACAAGUGCUUCUGUUAAUGUUAGAAAGUGUUUUUUACACCCAAAGGCAUUGAACUGUCCACGAAGGGUAACAGAUACAAAUGUGAAUAAAACACAAACUGGAUGUAAUUGAAGAAAAAUGGGGGAAAGGGGGUAUGUUCCAACUUUUGUCGUAUAGAACAUUCCUUUUAUCUCACUGUACUUCUUUUUAAUCUUUUAAAAUAUUUUGUCUGCAAGGCCAUUUGAUAAAACACAUAACUGCACACUUGUGCUGUACUGAAGGUUUCCCAGCUAUUCUCUCUCUCAAGGAUUUCAUUAUUUUUCUUAUCAUUGAAUCCAAAAGACUAUUCCAAUGCAAUGCAGAUAGAAAAGCAGACUCUUCAUAUACUGUAUGCUCUGUGUUUCCUUAGUUGGUUUGCUCUUGUGGUUCACUGAGGUUAAACAAGAAUGUGUUCUUAAAUUCCCUUUGUGUGACCUCUUAUUUCCAAGGUUCAUUAAGACAUUAUUACCUGUAUACAUUUUCCCUCUUAAUUUUCACAGCCUUUUCUUUGCUUGAUGAUCAGGAGUAUAACAAGCACCAGGAGAGAGCUAGAACUGAACUGGAGACAGGAGACAGAAGCUAAAGUUAUAGCCAGAACUACAUUUCUAUGCAUACUCACUUUGGAAUAAGCCCCACUGUCCUCAUUAAGACUUACUUCUAACCAUAGAUCUGCACUGCAUUUCACUAGGUACAAAGGAGGACACAGCUCUUGCACCUUUAACAGUGUAUGAAGUGGCAGCAUCCAUGCGUGCAUAUUUCUUCCUGAAAGAUGAUGGUAUUGAACUUUACUUUGACACUGUAGUAGAGGAACGCCCUCUCUUUCUUUGCUUCUAGUUAUCCUUGUUGGAAUGAGGACUCAGAAGGUAACAGUGCAACUUGUUGACAACUAGCAGAAUACUAGAUAUGCAUCAAGUGGCUCUUCAUAACUGAUGCUACUUCCUUUCUGAUGGAACAUCUCAGUGCUAAUCCACCGUGCUGCAUCACCGUUGCUUCACUGGCUGCGGUAUCAUUCAUAGGAUCCUCUCCUUCAUAGGCACAGAAGUGUAACACUAAUUAUGUCUUGGGCUGGCAAACGCUUUACUAAUGUUCACAGAUUUGAGGUGUUUCAUUUUAAUUAUGAUGAAAAAAGAAAAGCAUUCAUUCAUGAGAACUAUCCUCUUUUGAAACUGUUCCCCUUUUGUACCUCAGCUAAGUUCAAAAUGGCUAAAUUACAGUGCUGAAGUAGGCUAGCUGCUACAGGCUGGACAAGCCACAAAUAAAAGUGAAUCAAGUAUUUACUCUGACAUUGGCUUGAACUGGCUAUUGAGAUCCAGGAUAGAAGCUGAGCAGUCUAUCAGGAAGGAGCAACUUUUGGCAGAUGUAGGUGGAGAACCUGGUUGAACUGGAUGGGGGAAAUCCUGGUCUGCUCUUGUGCCUGCAACCCUGAAGCAAGCAAAUAUGCCAGAUGCAGAUGGAGAGCCUGUUGGAGCUGGAUGUGGUGAUGGCCAACAAGACCUGUAGCCAUAUAUUAACACAAAAAAAUAGGUCAGAGCAUGCAAGAGCUAUAGCAAGCCAAUCUCUGUGAACCCUAAGUAGUUUGAUCUGUACUAGUGCAAGAGGCUGCAAAUGCCUCUGGGAUAAAAGCAGAAUUCAUCAGCCAGUGAGGUUUUUUCAAUUAAAUGUUAAUAACAAGAGAGAGAGACCUCAAUAUACACAUCAGAGUAAAUACCUUUUAUAAAUAAGUUAAGAGUCCAAUCUUAUGCACCAUUAUUUUGGAGUAAGUCUUAUUCCAGUGGGGCCCACCUUUGGGUAUACUCUGGAUAGGCUUGUGCUGUAAAAAGGAUGUACUAAAAUUCAAACUCUGAGUCUCUGCAGACUGCCAAUGAGAAAGCCUUAGCCUUGAGUGGCUGUGCCAGCACUUACGAGCAUGGUUGCAAUUUUAUUACCAUGUUACAAUUUAUAUCCUAGGUACAUAAAGUUAAUUACUACUAUAUUGGCAUUUAUGGAUCUCUUUUUUAAAGUUGGAGUAAUUAUGUAUAUAUUCCCACUGUACAUAUUUAAUAGAUAUAAUUGUUUUUGCUCUGUGGGUACCACAAGCCUAGCUUCCAGUCUAAAGAAGUUCUGAAAGAUACUCGCAGCCUCCAUUCCUCUGAAGGGAAGUUUCAAGAAUACUGGACUGCUUAUUCUGCAUAGUAGGAAUAUGCAAACUGCCCUUAGCCCAGAUGACAUUAGAUGAGAACAGUGCAGCUCUAGGUCUUAUUCCAAAAAUUGUAAUAUGUAUAUGCCUUUUCUA